AUGUCAUCAGCAUUGUCAUCCUGGAGACAAUUCCAAUUAUUUGAAUUCACACCGAUACGAGAUCCAAAUUGUAAUUCGGAUGAACCUUUAUAUUCCGACCCAACAUUGUCAUGUAUUAAUUCCACUACUUCCACAUAUUUAUUGAUUGCCGUCAAUAAUUCAACAAUCAGAAUAAUCAACCAGAAGGAUUUGACAUGUCUAAAGACAUUUCAGGCAUAUGAUGUUGACUACCGAAUUACAUUCAUUGAACCCGUACACAACUCCAACAAUCUCAUCGUGACUUUGGCAGAAAAGCAAGGAAACCCAAGUGUCAUUAAAUUAUGGGAUAUCAACAAAAUGAUACAACUUGAUUCCAAAGUAGAAGAAUCUGAUUAUAAAUACAAAUUUCAAACCCAAGUACUAGUUAGUAAUCAUGAUAAACUAGGGGAUAAUUCAUAUCCGAUAAGUUGUUUCCAAUUUAAUUAUGAUCUUACCUGCCUUGCCGUGGGGUAUACGAAUGGGAAAGUGAUUUUAAUACGUGGUGACUUAUUGCGUGAUAGAGGAUCGAAACAAAGAGUUGUUUACAUGAGUGGUAAUGAUCCAAUAACGGGAGUACAUUUUAAUGAAACUGAACAGUUGUUGUAUGUAACCACAACUGGGAAAAUUUUAACUGUGCCAACAACUGGAAGAAACCACGAAAAACCAACCAGAAUAUUAUCCCAAAAAUUUGGAGCAGAUUUGAAUUUUACUGAUGUCAAUCAGGAUGACGAGACACAUGAAUUGAUAGUUGGAUUACCGGAUUCCAUACAAUUUUAUGAUACAGUAAAUAAAAUCUCGACGAUUAACUUUGAAAUUCCUAAAUCAAAGAUUGUCAAGUUCAAAAAUUUUCUUUUAAUUGUUAGUCCCCAUGAUGAUGUCGAAAGCAAGAAAGUUAUGACAAGAGUGUUGAUUCUAGAUUUGGUAAACAAUCAUAUUUCAUUUAAUUUGUUGAUCCCAAACAGUUCUGUUUUCCAUGCUUUCAUAUUGUCAGGAGAUCUCUAUCUAUUGACUAGCGAUGGAGUAUUAUACAAAAUCCACGAAAAACCAACUAACCAGCAAAUCGAGCUUAUAUUACAACGUGAAUUAUUCUCUGUUGCAUUUAAUUUGGCCCAACAGAAGAAACUACCUAAUGAGACGUUGCUAAAAAUCGAGAUACUUCACGGUGAUUAUUUGUAUGACAAGGGCCAGUUUGAUGAAGCAAUUGGUAUUUAUAUUAAAUGCCUCGAAUUGUUUGACAAUAAUGUGGAUCAGGACAUUGACGAAUUUAUCAUGAACAUAAUCACGAAAUUCAAGGAGGCAGUGAACAUUCCAAAUCUUACCCAGUUCUUAAUUCGAUUGUAUGAAAAGUCAUUAGCAAGUAUUGAUCAUGUAACAUUGUUAUUGUGCUGUUACUGUAAGUUGAAGAAACUUGAAAACUUGGAUGCUUUUAUAAACGAUUUUGACUUGACUAUUGAAAACUUGCAGGAUUUGAAUUUUGAUUUGAUUAUCAAUUUGUUUAAAGAAUGUGGAUUUUAUGACCAAGUAUUAAAGUUGUUAUAUAAAUUAGACCAACCAAACCUUAUUGUCGACAUCCAAUUGAAUGAUCUCAAAAAACCCAAAUUUGCUUUGAGUUAUAUGAAGACAUUGCCAAUAGAUGAAUUGCUUUUGAUAUUGAUAGAUCACUCGGAGAAUUUAUUGGACUCUUGUCCUAUUGAAACCACCGAAUUAUUGAUCAAUGUUUUUACCGGGGAGUACAUUCCCAGAGAAUCUAAAGAAAGUGCAGUCACUAAUAGUAAAUCCGAAGAGCAAAAGGAGAAAUCAGUUGAAAUAUCUAAUUAUAGAGCAUUUUUAAACUAUUUGUCACUACAAGAUAACAAUGAGUCCGAACAAGCUGAACAAGAAACCAGAAAAUCAUCUGCUCCAACGUACUUACCACCAAAGCCCAACUUGAUUUAUGCUAGUUUUACCAACCAUCCAAAACAGUUUGUUAUUUUCCUUGAAGCAAGUAUUGAAGCAUUUGAAAAAUUUCAAGGCAAGUCAAUUGAUAAACAAGAAACAGUGAUGACCUUGCUUGAAAUUUAUUUGUCGUUGCAUAAAUCAACAUCUGAUCAAGAAUGGUUGGAGAAGGCCAAUAGUUUGAGUGAACAAUAUGCUGAUUUAUUAGAUAGUCAAUCAUUGCUUUUGCUUAGUACAAUUUACGGUUUCAAAGUUGGCGAAGUCAUAUCACAUGAAAAAACAGGAAGUGAAAUUGAUUUAUUUAUGAAAUACCAAAUGAAUGAAAAUAUAGAAGGUUGUUUCAAGAUUUUGGAUAAACAUGGUGAUACUAAACCAGAAUUGUACAAAUACAUGCUUCGAUUUAUUGUGUCCAAGAAAUCCAUUUUUGAUAAAGUAUCUGAAGAUGAUAUACAAAUAUUACUUCAACAGAUUAACAACUACAAAUUAUUAAAACCAAUGGAAUUGCUUGAAUUGUUGACAGAAAAUCCAGAUAAUGAUUUUAUAACCUUUGGGUUAGUUAAAGAUUAUUUUAUUAAUUUUUUCACAAAUCAGAAUCAAGAGAUAAUGAAUAAUGAAAAAUUAAUUGAGAAAUAUGAACAAGAAUCAACCAAAAAUUCAUACAAGUUAUCAGAAUUGACCAAACCUAUGAUUAUUCAAAAUAAUAAAUGUUCAAGUUGUAAGAACAGAUUGGAUUUCCCAGUAAUUCAUUUCAAGUGUAAACAUUCAUUUCAUGAGAAAUGUAUUUCGGUAAAUUUGAUUGCUAAUAGUCAUGUUGAUGAUGAAAGAAAUAAUGGUGUUGAAAUUAAUGGUGAAAAGAUUAGAUGUCCAAUAUGUGCAGAAAAAUUUAAUGAUAUUAAAGAACAAAAAGAUAUGCAGAAUAUGAUUGGAAAGAAAGAAAAUUAUGAAAUAUUUACUAAUGCAUUACAUGACAGUAAAGACAAGUUUAAAUUUGUUUCUGAUUAUAUUGGUAAAGGAGUUAUGGAACAGGAUUCCAUCACUUUGAAUGAAUAA